CUGGGACGCCCUCCAAGCAGCCAACGUCAGGCACCGAGUUAACGAUCGCUGGUCCGCUGCGUGCGCAAUGGCGACGGUCGCCCGUGUGCAAUUGUUGAUUGCACUACAAGUUGCGUUACUUUCUAAGCGAAUUCCAGCUUGACACACCUGCAUCGGCGCAGUUUUGGCGCAGUCACUGGCCAACAUGCACCCUUUGACACCGAGCGCGACGCCGACGGCCGAGCACGCGUCGAUGGCCGACGAACCGAUGCUUCCGCCGUCAUCGACGGACCUUGAGGGUGCGUACAACGACCUCUCGCUGCUGCAAAAGGUGUUUGUCGUGCUGCGGCCAAACUGGGCGACGAACGCCAAGGCGCAUUUGACGCUUCAAGAAGUCUCCGGGUCGCUCGGCGACCUCGGCACGUUCCUGCCGCUCGUGACGGCGCUCGCAGUCACGCACCAGAUUGCGUUUGGCCCGACGCUCUUCUUUGCCGGCGUCUUUACGCUCGGUCUCUCGACGUACUUUGACGUGCCGAUCCCGGUGCAGCCAAUGAAGUCGAUCUCGGCGAUUGCGCUCGCCGAAAAGUAUUCGCAGGAGCAAAUUGCUGCGUCGGGGAUCCUCAUCGCUGCGAUCCUCUUCUUUCUCUCGGUGACCAACCUCAUCUCGGUCGUCGGGCGACUCGUGCCCUUCGCGCUUGUCCGUGGCAUCCAGCUCGGCGUCGGCCUCUCGCUGCUCAUGAGCGGCGUCAAGAGCUCGUACACGCACGUGACGACGCUCUCGCUCAACAAAACGACCAAGUCGAUCGUCGUGAAGCGCAGUACGACGGACUUGGAGUGGGUUGGCGCCGACAGCAUCGUCGUCUCGCUCGUCCUCAUCACGCUCUGCCUCUCGUGCAUGCACAAGAAGCGCAUCCCGACUGCCAUUCUCGUCUUCCUCUACGGCGUCAUCGUCGCGAUUGUUGUCUACAUCCAGAAGAAGGACGAGCUGCUCUUGCCGCCACUCACACUCGGACCGGACUUCAGCCACAUGCCAUCGUGGCCGUCGGCCGAUGAUUUUCAAACCGCCUUUCUCAAGAUGGUGCUCCCGCAAUUGCCUCUGACGCUGCUCAACUCUGUGAUCGCGCUCGAGCAGCUCGCGGCCGACCUCUUCCCGCACAAGCACGUACCCGCGAGCUCGCGCCGCAUCUGCUUUAGCAUCGGCGUCGGUGAUUUCGUGUUUUGCAUGCUCGGCAUGCUGCCCAUGUGCCAUGGCGCGGGCGGUCUCGCAUCGCAAUAUGCCUUUGGAGCGCGGAGCAGCGUCUCGAUGAUGCUGCUUGGCACUUUCAAGCUCGUGGUCGCGCUCCUCUUUGGCUCGACGCUCAUGCUCUUGCUCCGCGACGGGAUCUUCCCGUCCUGCGUCAUUGGCGUCCUUGUCAUUUUUGCGGGGGUCCACCUCUCGAUCGUCGGCGUCGACAUUGACACCAAGAAGAACAAGGGCGACCUCGUCGUGCUCUUGAUGACGGCCGCGACGUCCCUCGCGCUCGACACCGGCACCGCCUUCCUCGUCGGCGCGUUUACUUACAUAGUCUUGCGCUUUGCAGUCCGCGAUCCGACGGCGUACUACAAAGUGCGCACGGAGGACGUGGCGUGACCGCGUCGCGGGUAGGGUUCCCGGUAGUUACGCCAGUGCCAUUUGCAAGACCUAACGAUAGAUGCUCCAAGCCAUCGACAUCAUAGCACAUCGCUCUGUUGGACUCGCUCAGUAGACGGAACGGGUUGCAGUCUGAUGCACUAGGG